UACCGUUCACGAUGGCAGAGAGGCUGAAAACCAAAGAGAUGACCGAACCCCCAAGUGAUGACACUUCAAGUACAAGCGGUCAAACAUCAAGUCAAACACAUAGAUUCGAUGACGUCAUCUUCAAAGUAGCAAACGCUAUAUCAGCUGAUGUUGAUUUAAUGAAACUCGGUAUUGAGCUGGGAGUCCAGAUUCCUGAUAUCAACCGGGCGUUAGAAACGAAUUGGGCUGGAGGUAAAAAGACAAGUAAUGGUAACGUGAUGAUGCUUCAGAACUGGGCAGAGACAGUCAAAUCAUCCAAGCGACUUCCAGUUCUUAGAGCUGCUCUCAAAAAGGUGGGCUUACUAGGGGUGGAAGAGACAUGUUUCCCAAGCACCGGCAGCGAUGACGAUGAGGCGAUGCCAAGUGACAUAACGAAGUUACGAGAAAAACUGAAAAGUAGAUAUCGCAGAAAAUUUGGUCAGAUCAAAACAUCGCCUUUGAACCCUGAGUCAUGGAAAUGGCUUCAGCACAUCUAUGUUAGUCUUGUCCUCAUGUUAGGAUCGCGGGGGGAAAAGGAGGAGCCAAUAGAUUAUGAGGGGUUGUUUAAAUUCAUCAAAACUGACACACCGAAAGGUUUUGUAACACGAUUAGCUUUCAUUGGGGAAGCUGGUGUAGGGAAAUCGACGCUGUUUGCUAAGAUAGCUCUUGAUUGGGCUGAGGGUAAAAUUCUUCAAGAAGUCAAUCUGCUUUUUCUUGAAUCUUUUCGAGAGAUUCAAGAGAGCGGAUUCUUUGGGGAUACUGUCAUGGGCCAUUUCCCGGACGAUUCAGAAAUAAAGGGGAAACGGGUUGAUGAAUAUAUCAGGACAAAUCAGAGAAAAGCUCUUAUCUUAUUGGACGGACUGGACGAGGCACAAAUCGACAUCAAAAAGACAAAUCGCAAUGACGCUAUCGUAUCAAUCGUAAGAGGAGAACGAUUCAUUGAUACCCCAGUCGUCAUCACAACCCGUCCUUUUGGAGCUGAUCAGAUCAAGAGCAUCAUGACGAUUAAUGACAAGUACACGUUUGGUAAGGUUAAGGGCUUCACAAAGGAAAACAUGGCAACAUAUAUCGAAAACUAUUUCAAAAAUGAUUCUGAUUCUGCUUCGACCCUCAUUAACUUCAUUUACACAAACCGAGUGGUUUCUAAGUACAUGGCACCCUUCCCGAUAUUCUGCAGUAUGCUAUGUAGCCUAUGGAAAACGCCAUGUGAACGGGAAAUUGUUCAGACAAUGGAAACAUUCUCGCAACUUUUGAAGCGUCUUGUCUUUUCACUUCAAGAGCAAUACUUUUCCAAACCAAAUGAAUUAGAAGAGGGCUAUGGAAUCCGCAUGAGGAAAGCUAGUGAAAGUAUGAAAGAUAUUAGUUGUAUCGCCUUUCAAGGUCUGUUGGUUAAACAGUUCAUCUUCGAUGAAGAUGCGCUCGACUCAUGCAUAGAGGCUGCAAUGACUGCAUGCGAGGUUGGGAUUCUUACCAAGGAAAUAAGGCCAGCACCCUUGCAAAUCAGAGAAAGUCAGCGAAAGCAAUUCGUCCAAGAAUUCUCUUUCCCUCAUAAGUUACUGCAAGAGUACACAGCGAGUUUCUACCUUGCAUCGCUGUUUUACGAAGAUCGUCAAGAAUUCAACAGAAUCCUGGCAGACACUCUUUUAGAAGACUGCGGGGAAUUUAGAUAUGUUUUGUACUUCACUGCAGCUCAUGGAGGUGACGUAGGAAAGUCGGUCCUGGAAGCCCUAUGCAAGAAAGAUGAUGAAAUGGAGUUCAUCAGUCAGUGUGCAUUUGAAUGCCAUGAUUCAGAAGCCAUUGAACCCGUCAGGAACCUGUUGAAGGCGGAGACAAGUUUUACAUUAAAAACUAAAAUUGUGAUCGCCGGAUUUCUCUUCACGCUGGAAUCAAUAGGGAAGGAGGUAGUAAGAAGAAGUUCCUCGAUUCGUGAAACAUUGGGUGUCAGCGAGUCCUUCGAAACUAACGCACCAUCGUCUGCUAUAGCAGCAGUAGGUCUCUUCACAUUGCAGAACUUACGAAAAUUGGCCAUUCAAACCAUGCAUCUGGAUGAACAUUUCUACACAGGAAUGUCUGCUGCAGCUCCACAGUCCAAGGUUUAUGAUUAUUAUAUUAAUUUAGAUAAAUCCUAAAUCAUACUUAUCAUUAUUUAUUAUCGAUGCAUGCUAUUUGUUGAUUACUAAAGCUAUGGUCACAACUCAGAGCGGCUACCGACCGAAUUGUAGCCUGCUCGGUUCCCGCUGGAAUUUAGGCAUCACCCAACGAUUUUUGGAAAAGUCGGUCC